GGAGUGCCACAAUCCCAUUCAUCAUUUUUGAUCUACAUAAGCCAAAGCCCAUAGCACUGGCGACGUCUCCGGCAUAAAUGCAAGGAGGAUGUAUAGCUGAUACAGGAUCUUGUGGAACAGGAUUUGAUUCUGCAAGCGGAUCGGUACGAACGAAGAAAUUUCGAACAAAAGGGUCGGAACUCGCCGAUAGGAAAGCAGAGAAAAACAAAGCAAUGCCAAGAGCUCCGUCAAUCCGCUGUUCAUCGAUAGACGAAGCUCUCUCUUUAUCAUCUCGCGCCAGAUGCAACAAAGGAUGAGUCCUUUUUCCUUCUCGCGAACCA